GGGAUGUAGCCGUUUUUACCAGUGGGGAAGUUUGCGUCUGUUUAGUUUGUGUUUAUGAACGUUUCAGAGCGAAAUAUAACGUAUAUAAAGGCAAUGAGGAAAAACACGACGACGGGAGACGUUUAAAGGCUGAAAGAGUUGCAAACAUUAGGAAUUAAGAUGCAGUUUUCACUUGGCAGGAUUGUCUUGUUCCUUGUGUGCUGCUGUGGUGUUCUGGUGGAAAGCAAGAGAAAUGUGCUCCUCAUCAUUGCUGACGAUGCCGGUUUUGAGACGGAGGUCUACAACAACACGGUGGUGCGAACUCCGCACCUGAAAGCUCUGGCCCAGCGCAGUGUCAUCUUUCAGAACGCCUUUGCAUCCGUGAGUAGCUGCUCGCCCAGCCGCUCCACCAUCCUGACCGGCUUACCGCAGCACCAGAACGGCAUGUAUGGCCUUCAUCAGGGGGUGCACCACUUUAACUCGUUUGACGGGGUGCGCAGUCUCCCUCUGCUGCUGGAACAGGCCAACAUCCGCACCGGAAUCAUUGGGAAGAAGCACGUAGGUCCCGGCCCCGUUUACCCUUUUGACUUCGCCUACACGGAGGAGAACAGCUCCGUUCUGCAGGUGGGCCGCAACAUCACCCGGAUCAAACUCCUCGUCCGGAAGUUUCUGAAAGGACAGAAGGAGGCGGAGAGGGACGGAGGAGAGGCGCAGCCGUUCUUCCUGUACGUGGCCUUCCACGACCCGCACCGCUGCGGCCACUCGCAGCCCCAGUACGGAGCGUUCUGUGAGAAAUUCGGGAAUGGCGAGAGCGGAAUGGGAAGAAUUCCAGACUGGAAGCCGCAGUACUACACGCCGGACCAGGUGAAGGUGCCAUACUUUGUCCCCGACACUCCGACCUCCAGAGCAGAUAUAGCAGCCCAGUACACCACUGUCAGCAGACUGGACCAAGGUGUCGGUCUGGUGCUGCAGGAGCUGAGGGACGCAGGCUUUGAGAACGACACGCUGGUGAUCUACAGCUCUGAUAACGGAGUUCCUUUUCCUAACGGACGCACCAACCUGUACGGCUCCGGCGUGGCUGAGCCCAUGCUGGUGUCCUCACCUGAACACAGGCAGCGCUGGGGGCAGAGCAGCCAGGCCUACGUCAGCCUGCUGGACAUCACUCCCACCAUCCUGGACUGGUUCUCGGUGCCGUACCCCUCCUACAGCCUGAGCAGACGAUCCCUGGUGCAGCUCACUGGACGCUCCCUGCUCCCCGCACUGUCCUCGGAGCCGUCCUGGAACACGGCCUUCUCCAGCCAGAACCUCCACGAGGCCACUAUGUACUACCCCAUGCGUUCGGUCCACCAGGGCCGCUAUCGGCUGCUCCACAACCUUCACUACCGCAUGCCUUUCCCCAUCGACCAGGACCUCUACGUCUCACCCACUUUCCAGGACCUGCUGAACCGCACCCAGGCACGACGGCCCACCGGCUGGUUCAAGACCCUCAGGGAGUACUACUACAGGGAGCGCUGGGAGCUGUUCGACACCCUCUCUGACCCCAUGGAGGAGAAGAACUUGGCCCUGGACCCCGCUUACGGUGCCAUACUAGAGGGCUUGAGGGAGCAGCUGCUGAAGUGGCAGUGGCUGACCGAGGACCCCUGGGUUUGUGAGCCGGACGCAGUGCUCGAAGCCAAACUGGAGCCGCAGUGCAGGCCACUGUAUAACGACCUUUAGUGGGGGUCCAUCCAGCGGUGGGCAGGGAAGAUAUGAGAAUUCAGAUACGUAUGAUGUUGUACUGUACCUGUAACUUUACAGGAAAAGGAAAAAACAUACUUUACUUUUAAUGUAAGUCAAUGGAACCAGACUUUUUUCCAAGGCAUUUUGGGCCGUUUCUUUUGGUCCAUUCACCAUGAAAUUUACACACAAUGUAAGGGGCAACAGGCAUUUUCAACUUAUGUUAGAAACUGAAAAAUGGAGAUACAAGGUUUUCUUCCAACAUAUAUAUAUGCUGGUCAGAUUUCACAUUUUGUUGAUUUUCUAAGCGACGAUAUGUUAGUAAAUCCUCUACAAGGAUUCUGCAAAUUUUAGUGCAAUUUGUAUUUAUUUGCUGAGUUUUACCUUAUUGGAAAGCAUAAAACUUAAAAUAUAAAAUGUGCAAGAAUUUUUUAUAUAACAUUUUAUAUGUUAUAUUUUUUCCCAACAUGUUAAAUUCAGCAAAGAAGCAGUAAAAUGGGCAGAGCAGGGAAGUGAAGAAGUGGGUUCUGAUCCUUUUCCACUCCAGGGCUCACUUGUUAAUAUCCUGAAAGCACAGCGGCGCACAGGAGAAAUAAAAUCAACAUUUUAAAUACAGUUUCCUUUUUCUUUUAAGUGCUGACAGUGAAAACCUGAGAAUCAGGUUUUCAGGUUUUCAGUCCAUUUUGGUUCACAGAAACCAAAAUUUGCAGGGUAAAAAACAUGUUUUCAGUGAUGUUAAAAAUGGGUAAAAAAAAGAAAAAGAUAGAAAGGUUUGGAAGAAAUUCCUCGCGUUUGGAGUCGCGGUCCAUUGCAUUAUUUAUUUAUUUUUUUUUGUUAUUGAAAUUACUCCACUGGCUUUCCGACAUGAGCAGGAUGUUGGGUCUUGAGAUGUGUCUGGUUUUGAGGAGUUUUUUUGCACCUCAUUUGAAACAGUCAGGCUUUUGGAUUCACAUCAUCACAAUCAAAGCAAUAUUGAUAAACUUUAAUAUCUGCUUUUUAUUAUUUAUUCCUUUGAGUUUACUCACUCAGGUUGCUUAUGUUUCACGAUCCAUGAGCUGAAAUCAAACACCUGUCUUCACUAUCAUUUCAUGCCCUUGUUUCAUCAUAAAGUGCUUGAACGGAACCAGAAUUCGCUUGGAAGCGGGUCUGGACCUGCAGUUCUGCUGGACCGGUUCAGCUGUUGGUUGCAGACCUGAGUACAGGGGAAAGGUUCGCAUGUCAAAACAGGUGUAAUUCAUCUGCACUAAACAAGGCAGGUGUGAAAGCACCCUGAGGAAGUUCUUCAUCAAUAGCCAGCUAACAAGCACAAACACUUGUGGCUGCGUCGUCUCAAACUGAUGACGUUUAAUUCACCUACUCCGAUGUUUUACGUGCACAUCUCUAUUGAUAUUUAUAUUGGUUGUAAUUUGACAAUGUUUGACUCUCAAUUAUUGAGUUCAUUUUUUUCACUUUUGGAAAAGUUUUUCUGGGGGUGUCAAACUCCAGAUAACCACAUAUUAAAAAAUCUCAACAAAUCCAAAUCAGCGAGCCAGCUGUGUUUUUACUUUAUAUUUACUAAACAUUUUGCCAUGACCCCAACUGGCCAUUGUUUAUUCAAAAUAUGCCAAAACUACAACGGCAAAAAAUCGAUACUGAAUACUUGAACAAUUCAAAAAUAUUUUGAAAUAAAAACAAACUGUUUUAUAUGAAUCAGUCGACUACAUUAGCUGAAGAUCACUGAUAAACCUCUGUAAAUGUCCCCAAUGUACAGUAGCUUUUCUAUAACUGCCCAUUUGCAGUUGCAUUGCCUGGUGGGAACUGUAGUCCAGCUCAUAGUGAAAUGAACUAAUAUGAAUAGAAAAUAAAAAUUAUUUUGCAGACCGAAUAG